CAUGGCUGCCCUGGUACUGGCAGUGCUCGUGACGCGAUGGAAUUCGCAGAGAUCGAGUCGCCCUCCAGGGAGGCUGCAAAAUAGCACGCUGGUUGCAUGGAGGACAGGAAACUUCACAGUCACUUUCCGUGGAGCUCUGUCAAUGGAGGAGUGCUCAAAGAUCCGAACGCUUCUGGAAGGAACUGGGGAGGCUGCACUGGUGGGUGGCACCAUGGGUGGCAUGCUGCGGGAGAAUGUGGGGGUUCGUGUGGCGCAAAUGCUGACGUUGGAACCCAGCCAUGAGACGCGCUGGAUCUUCGAGCGCCUGUGGCAACUGGCAGAGGUGGCAAAUGAGCACUGGAAGCUGCGACCCUUGCUAUCCGGCCGCUUGCCUGAAGAGAUUACAACCGAUUUGAUGCCGGAAGCACAGCGCGAAGGUCGUCUGCUGUCCUUCUCCAUCCAGCUGUCCAACAGCACGGAUGCUCGCCGAAAUGGCAAGUGGUUGAGGCUGGCGUUGGUGGGUUGGAUCCGGGGCCGGCUCAACCAUAGCCUGGCUUCGGAGGCGACCGCUGCGCAUCUGCGGGCGAUUGAGGACACUAGAAGCUGGAAAGCCUUGCAGAAGACCGGGCCAAAGAAGGCCCAGUCGGCUCUGCCCCGCGCCCCCCUGGGCCUGCAACGGAUCUAUGGAAGCCAUUUGCUGCACACGGGGCAUGCAGAGGAGGCAGCACACGUGCUACGACGUGUGGCCAUGGAGGAUCCACACUCCCCUGGCGCCUUGAAUAACUUGGCAGUUGCAGAGUAUCGUCAAGGCCGCAUGCAUGCAGCCAUUGAUGCGUUGCUCUUUGCAGCGAGCCUACGCCCUAACGAUGGUGAAGUGCACGCCAACUUGGGCCGCUUCUUUUUCCUGGAGGGCUGUGAUGGUGUGGCAUCACUCUGUGACUUGGCCAAUCUGAAUGGUGGAAUCUUCUGGUGCUUCUGCUUGAGGCUGGUAGGAUAUCCUCAGGCGCAAAGAGAAGCAGAUGAUGCAGCAGACCUUGCAAACCUUACAGCUGAAGAGAAGAGGCUGCAGAGCUCCAAAAGUUGCAGCAGAGCCGGGUUUGCUGUCGCGGGCUUUCAGAGGAACUGGAGAUUAGUGGCGAACUUGAACACGGUACCGCAAUGGUGGCUCAGAACUGGUGGAUUUGAACAAGUCAGGGAAGAGCAACCUGCAGAAUUCAGGGCAUUUGCCUUGCCCUAUCGGCCCUAUCGCCCAAAGACCACCCGUGUGGAAGAAAGU